AUGGGACGCUUCUUCGAAGCUUUUCCGGAAGUAGUGAUGGUGGCCUCGACCAACGGGACCAAUGCUGCCAAGUACAAGCUGUUUAGCUUCAUGAUCGAUGAUGCGUUCGGCCACGGAAGUACUGCAGGUCAAUAUGUUCAACAUGCAUUGGUCGAAAACGAAAGCCACGCGUGUAUGAAGGAUGCAAUCACGGCUUUCAAGGAAAAUAACCCUUCCUGGGAUCGGAUCCGCGCUUUCAUGGUCGCCAAAGACUUCGGAGAAAUCAGUGUUUUGCAACGGGAGAGUCCAUUAGCGCGUGUAUUGAUUUGUCACUUUCAUCUGAAGAAAUAUCUGCGUACGGAGAUGUCGAAGGCUAUCUACGGUGGUCUCCAUGGCGUCGACGUGGAUCGCGUUGAAGACUCGCUCGAUAUGACGGUGAAGGCUCGGAAUAAAGAGGAGUAUGAUCGCGGCUUCAGGGCGAGCUACCGGAGCCAAAACACCCCCUUCUUGAUUAUUUCGUUCGAAACUGGCACUCCUGCAAGGAAAUGUGGUCUGUGUACGGGCGGGGCCAUGUCGCCCACCUCGGGAAUCACACCAACAACAGCGUGGGGAGCGCUGAAAGAUAUUUUGAAGCCGGAAAUGGAGCUUGAUGAAUGUGUGGAAACACUGCAUUUUAUGCAGUCGACGGCUGAAUUGGAGCUCACGGAAUUAUCACGGCGCAGAUGA